AUUUACGCGCGAAUAAGUAUUUUAACCGUAUUAAAACCAACAACAUGUGACUUAAAUUACAAAAUGAUUAAAAUACAUUUGCAUUUUACUUAUGUUUGAAAGGAUUAUUUAGUACAUUCAGCGCAACACGCGCUCGCGAUAUUAAUGGACCGUGUUAGGUUGAUCUCCCCGCUUCUGCAUUUGGAUUUAAAUAAUUUCAAUUCUAUACAGGCCGAAGAAAGCAGAUAUGUUUUGACAAGUCCUCGAUCACUUGAAUCCUGUGCAAGACUUGGAGUUAAACCUGUUGACCUGGUGUUUAGAUCCCUUACUCAUUUCAUAGAGGAAAACCAGGAAUCCUCUUUGGAAGCGGUGACUGUGUUAUAUGAGGAAUACGAGAGAGAAAGAAGAGAACGACUGCGCUUGUGUCGCGAGGAGAGAGAAAAACUCAUUCAAGAGACCAAAAAUAUAAAAUCAUCGUUUACAGCACUGGAAACUGUACAGGAACAAACAGCUGUGAGUCAAAGCACCCAAGACUACACGGUAAAAUACCAAAGUGAGUCCUGUAGUGUUCCUGUAGCUGGUAUUAGCAACACAAAGGUAAUGGAUGGUUUUCCAAGCCCAUCAUCUUAUGAUAAAACCACAUGUAGCCAGAGGUUUCCCUUUAAUUUUAGUUUGGGGGACCUCCGGCGUUCCACUGCAACCGAGAGACAGAUCAAGAGGCUUUCUCAAGAAAUCAAUAAUAAACUUAGCAUCACCGUCCCAGAGAAAGACCUUAAGCUUGCUGCAUUGUUGCUGGCCAAACAUGAGCAGGAACACAUUCAUUUACAACAGAGUAAGCUGGAGGAGCAGCAUCGCGAGGAGGAGCGCAGGCGAGAGGAGGUGCUGCGAGCUCAGUUGGAGCAAAAAAGGAGAAAACAACUUCUGCAGCGUAUCCGACACUGGCAGGAGGACCUGGAGGCCCGCAGAAGGAGGCGAAAAGAAGAGGAGGCGAUGUUUGUCGAGCAUUUUCAACGGGAGGUGCUAAAACAGGAGGAGCGCUGAAGGAGAUCGGCAGAGGAGCAACGAGCUCAACGCAGGAGCAAACGAGAAAAGGCGAGCAAGGUUGAGAAAGAACGCAAGCGCUGCCAGGAGAGACUUAUAAAGGAAAAGGAGCGCAGUGAGGAGGCGCGAUGUGAGAGGGAGCUGCAAGUUGGUUGUGAGAAGGUGCAGCAAGCCCUGAGGAGCAAACAAAUGCAGGUUAAGAGAGCGGAGAGGAGGCUCAAGAUAGAAAAUCAAAGGGCGCUCCUCAAGCACCUCCUGCUGAAGAAGGAGCUGGAGGAACAAGAACGUAAAGAGGAGGUGGUGAAGAAAGAAAGACUGGAGGAAAAACUGAGACACUCCCAAAAGAAACAAGCACUGAUGGGGGAGACCCGGCUGCAGGAGAUGCAGAAACUAUUAGCUAGAGAGGCGGAGCAGGUGCGGAGAGCGCAGCAGAAGGCACAGCAGGAAAAAAGGGAUAAUUGGGAGCAUAGACACAUACUAGCGCAACGGUGCCAACUGCGGACAAAACAUGCCAUGCUUCACGUGCAGGAGGAGUCCCAGCACAGAGCUCAGCGCACCAAGUGUGAAAACCAGGAAAAGGAGGUCGCCCAUCGCAAACUGCAAGAUAAAGUCCUAAAGGAGGAGAAAGCGCAAUGGGAGCAGAGAUACAGGGCUUUGGCAGAGAAGGAGGAGCGGAGAGAGAAGCUGCUGAAGGAUAGAGCGGAGGCCCAGGAGAGGAGUCGGAUGGUGGCGCGAGCCUCCUGCUACAUGAGGGAGAGGGUGAAGGAGCAGACCUCCCCUCGCACCUUUGACCAGAUGACACGAGAAGCGGAGCUGAGCGCUCACCUGGAACGCCUGAAACUGAAUGCAACACAAUUAGAGCUGCGGCUAGACCGCUCAUCACUCAAGUGCUUUUACUGAUAAUAUUAUGGUUUGUUUGAUGUUCAAGUGCACUCAGUGUUUGCUUUUCAUCCUCCUGGGAUUGACAUGACUUCAGCAUGGCUCAAUCAUGCUUUAAGAAUUGAGCUUUAUGAACAUAUUGAUGACGUAUUGUAGUAAACAGUGAAGGAGAAUUAAGGUUUAUUGGUUUGUAUUCCUAUAUCAUACAAUUACAAUUGAACUACAGGGUAAGUUUUGUAUUGUAUUUUUGUAUACACUGAAAAAAAUGACUUUCUUACUUUGUCUUGUUUUAAGGUAAAAUAUACAAAUAUUCAAGCAUUUUCUUGAUAAGCAAAAUAACCUAAGAACAUAAGUUCACUUAAGUUAAUUUAAGCAUAAAACAAGCAAAAAAAUCUGCCAAUGGGAUUAGAUUUUUUUUCUCAAACACUUAAUUCAAGAAAAAUGUGCUUACCCCUUUGGCCGAUUUUUUUUUUUGUUUU